AUGGCUAUGAAAACUUCAAUCACAUUUGUUUUGACUAUAUUUUUCAUCAUAUCUUUUGUUCACAGUCGUAAGACAACACAAGGUUAUAGAAUGUUGUUUGACGAAGUGGAAUGUUUCGGAGGAUUUGAACCAUGUCGUGGUCAUGGGGAUGUAGUUUGCACUGACUAUUGUAAAAAUUAUCAGUUUGAUUAUGGUGUUUGUACUCAAGAUAGAGGAUGUUGUUGUCAUGGAAAUAUCCCGGCUUCAAAUUAUUAAGGAUACGAAUCACAAAUGAUUUGAUCUGAUUUAAUACAAAUAUCCUAGUAUGAAUUAAUCUAAUUAAUUAAAAAAUGUAUUGGUGUUUUCUUCAAUAAUAAUAUUUCAAUA